AUGUUGACCUCACUGUUGAGCAGACCGCCAUCGGUUGUGUUUCGAGCCCAAGCGACAAGUCGAAAGACGUACGUUCGCUAUCGUGCUGCUGCGGUGGCUGGGGGAACACACCUUAUUCUCUGUGGAAGCGACUUCGACCCCAGCGGCUUCGACGUCGGCGAUGACACCUGGGCAUGGCUCCUGCCGGUCUUCUCGAAGAAGAAGGAAGCCCCUCGGCCCGAAAAGGCGGCGCCAUCAACAGGGACGCCAACGACGGCCCCGUCGCCUAGACCACCCCCUCUCACGCUGUCGAUCUCGACACCAUGGAUGUGGCUGUCCACGCCUAUCGAUGGCGGCGGCGGCGGCUUCGAUCUCGCCAUGGGCGCGACAAGCCCGGCGGCUAUACCAACCGUAACACCAAGAACAUCACCAACAACAACAUCAUCUUCUACACCGCUUGUGGCCGGCUCCAACGAAGGGGAAGCUUCUCUGUCGUCGAGACUUUCCAGCGUUUUGGGGUUGGGAGCGGCGGAGGUCAGGGAUGCAGUGCUGCAGGACGACGCUUGGGCGGAGGCCGAGUUGGCCGAGCUUGAGAUUCUCGCCGAGGCGCUUGGGAACCCUUCGCCCGUUCCCCCAACAACCCAAGCCUCCUCCCACACGGCUACCCCUGCUGUCAUUGCCACUACCAUCGCUGGGCUUUCCAAUGGCUUCGGGAACAGCGACGACGACGACGAUGAAAGCGGCGGCAGGAUGGUCCAGCUGGACAUACCGGCGGUUCAGGCCCUGCAACGCGCCCUCCAAAGGGGCGGGUUCCUAACGCGAGGCAGCCAGGGCCUCUCCGUAGAUUCUCCGUACGCCUUCUCCGAAGGCGGGGCCGGGGUGGGCGGGAGGCGGCCUCAACGGCAGAGCAGCGGGCGGUCCUCUCUCUCCGUCGAAGGGGGCACUGGAGCCGGGGGCGGCUACUACUCGUACGCUCCGGGAGGGGGCGUGAUGGCGUACUUCGACGACGGCGUCGACGGCGACGGUCGGCAGCGACGCUCUCGCCUGCUGCUCCCGGCGCCCCCCGUGGGGCGUCACGAGGCCGCGCUGGUGUGGAAGCUGUUCCGGCUGGCGAGGGACGCCACCGCGCUUCGGGUCCACAGGGGCACGUCUCGGCGCGCCUCCAACUGGGGGCAGCCGGUGGAGUUGCAGAUGUUCCCCGCGUUGCAAGAGUUGCGCCUGGAGGCGGUUCCGCUGGAGCACGUCGAAGGCCUGUUCGCGCUUCGCCUGCAGCUCAAGUCCCUCAGCUUCGAGAACGCCUUUUUGCCAAGUCUCCUUGCGCUCCUGACACCCCCGGAGCCAGCUUCAGGCUCUCAGGAUACACCAGGGGGGCAGGGGGGGCACGCAGCUUUGGAUACGGCAGCCGAUGGGGGGGUGCCUGGUCCUUCCAUAGCCGACUCGGGUGGCGAUGUAAACAAGCGAGAUGGCUCAGACUCCACCCCUGUUGGUGCCCGCACUGCGGACAGCGAUAGAUAUCGGCUUUCUUGUAAACGUGGCAAGAUACAGCAAGUUCGUUCGCUUGGUGGCGUCGCGAGUUCGAGAAAAGCGUUGGGUGUCUCUCGUCCCGCGAAGCCUUUGGCUGAAUGGCCUGGGAUGGGCCGGCUGCAAUCGGGGCUCGGCAUGGGCACGCCGAUGCUGCACUGGUCGCUCCUCGAGUCGUUGAGCAUCUGCAAGUGCGGGCUCCGUGAGCUGGACCCUUCGCUGCGCCUGCUCCCUAGGGUGCGACGGUUAUCAAUGGCGCACAACCGGCUCUCCCGGGUGGAUUUCUUCCAAGACUGCGGCUCACUGGAGGUGCUAGAUCUGAGCCACAACCGCCUGACCUCGGUCGAGAACAUCCACGCGGUCUUGGGAAACCUCCGCUCCCUCAAGCUGCGGGGCAACCUUAUCGAGAGAACGAGUGGCCUCGAGAAGCUGUUCUCCCUCGAGGACGUGAACUUGUCCGACAACAGGAUAGAAGACCUGAAGGAGGCGGCGCGAUUGUCGACGCUUCCGAUGUUGCGCCGCGUCUGGCUGAAUGGAAACCCGGUGGAAGCGGAGGAGGGGAAGGACUACCGCGUGUCUGUGCUCAGCCUCUUGUACCAAGGGUGGGGCGGCGAGCUGAAGGGGGCUGCGGGGAGGGUUUCGACUAUGUUCGCAGGCGGCUCGGGAGAUGGCUCGGGGCGUGAGACAGGGAUAGCUUUGGACGGGCGGCUGCCGUCGAGGAAGGAGCUGGUGCAGCUGUCGCAACUUUGCUUCCCUAGAGCGGCGGAGGUUCCCUUCCCAACCGCUACUGACAGCGCCCUUCCGUCCAGCGAUGAACACGGAUCAUCUCGGGACGGCUUGCCAUCCCGUCGGCACGCCCCCGGCAGCGUCGUCGCCGCACGCGGACGAGCAGAAGGAACGGGGAAAAGAAGACUGUCCGCCACCGCCGUCCAACCAGCCGUCGGUAGUUCCGCCGCCUCCGCUUCUCGAGCUGCGCCUGACCCUUCGCCGUCUUCGUCCCCGUCGUCGCGAAGAAGGCUCAGCGUCUCCCCGCCCGCCUCCCGCCUGCCCCCUCCGUCUCCCUGCGUGCCGCUGCGGCUUCCUGCGGCGCAGCGGCGGCGACGCCCGGCGAGACGGAGUAAUAACGGGGUCCCCGCCGCCGGCAUGCCGGGACAGGACCCCUUAGAUCAGCAGGCGCGACGGCGACGACGUUCCGGUACUCGCUCGGCGAUGAUUGAGGAGGCGGCGCCUGCGCGAGCGGGGGGGUGGGGGGGGGGCGCGGGUGGCGAAGGGAACAACCGGAUGGUGAGCCUCGGCACGGCGUCGUGGUCGUCGGCGGCGGCCGCGGAGGCGGCGGAGUUGUCGUCGUCGUUGUCGGCGCUCUCGCUGGGCCUGAGCGCGGUGCCGUUGCCAUCGGAAGGGGGCCAGCAGCAGCCUCUUCUCCAGCCCAGGGAGACGGCGUCGACGGCUGUCGACCCGGAGGUGGUGCCGGAGGCGGUGUGCGACGACCGCGACACGACCACAGCCACAGCCGCCGUGGAGGGUGGCGACAGCAGCGGAAACGAGCGGCGUUCUGCCGACAUGGGCCGGCUCGCUCCGCGCGGGGCAGCGGGCGAGGCCUGGGGGGCGGCAGAGCUCGCGCGUGGUGAUGGCGGUGUGGUGCCGGCGGCGGCGGCGGCGGCGGCGGCGGUGGAGGCUUUGCCGGAGAGGGGUGAGGGAUCCGGCGAGCUGCACCCGACGGCCGAGGACGGCGGUAGGGGCGAUCUUGCCGUCGCCGCCGCCGCUGCUUCGCCUUCCAGUCCCGACGACUUCGGUGGGCAACGCGGCGGGGAAAACGACAGUCGGCAAGGUGGUGAUGCUUCGCCGAAGUCGGCGAACGGAGGGACGGAGGGGGGACAGUCGGUGGAGAGCAGCGGCAACGCCGGUGUCUUUUCGGUCGGUGUCAACCCCGCGCCCGGGUGGGAUCUCUCGCCCGGGAGGCGGGGGAGGCCGCGCAGCGGCGGCGGCCGGGAAGUGGCGGCCGGUCGGGCUUCGCCGUUUUUCCCGUCCCCUUCCCCGUUGCCGUCGCCUUCGCGAUCGCCCUUGCGUUUGCUUGCGGCUGCGAGGCAAGAAGAAGGCGGGAUCAGACCGCCGGGGGUGGACGGUGAUGUCAGCGGUGGUGGUGACGGUGGAGAACGUGGCUCUUCGGAGGCGGAGAAGAAUGGCAUGGAGGGGGGCGGGGUCGAAGGAGGGGCGGAGGUAGGGGAGGGAAACGAGGAAGAAGCUGGUUGUGGCGGGGUCAACGGCGAAGAGGAGAGGGGAACCAGGGGGAGCAGCUCGGUGGAGGACGAGGAUGCCGAGCAUGACUGUGGCUACCGCGGGGACGAAGCUUACGCGGAGCUUCUGGUGGCGGAGCACCUGGAGCUGUACUUCCGACAACAGGUCUUCAGCGGUGCCGCCCCUUACCUCCUGUACGACGAGGAGCGCGACGGCGGCGGGCAGCAGCCCGAAGACCUCCCCCGCGCCAUGCACCGCCACCGAGAGGCGUCCAAGACCCGCCAGGAGAAGAAGCUGGUUGCCAUGUUCAGGGAGACGGCGCUACCCUGCGUCCCUCUCUCUCUCCGCAACCAGCGCCACCACAGCCACCACCACCACCACUUUCGGGUAACCACGAAAGAGAAGAGGGCGGCGAGGUCGUGGUUGCGGGCUUCCUGGGCACCCUCUCCGUCCCCUACUGUUGCCGGGGGAGUCAGCGGCAGCGGUGGCGGUGUGGCGGAAGGCUUGAGCGGGACGAAGACGGAUGAGAGCAGCAACAGCUACCACGGAAGCGGUCUUGAGAGUUCGAUGGAGAACGCCUUGGCAGCGACGGGGAUGGUUCAGCAGGUGCACCGCAGAGGAGUGGACGGGGAGGCCGAGGGCUACACCAUGGGCGAGGUGGCUUGCGUGGUGGUGGCGACGGAGUCGUCGAUCUUCUUCGUCGACGGGGGGUUCGCCAAGGACGGCACGCAGUUCUCCGCGGCUCCGCGUCCGAGGGUCUUGAUGGUGCUACCGCUCGCCUGCCUCGAGAGGACGACCAUCGGUUUCCGUCUUCAAAAGCUGGAGAUGCACUUCGACCCUUCGGCGGUCGGCGAGCAGGAGGAAGGAUGGAGCGACGAUGGUCACCGAGAUGAGACCGUGUCGGUGUCGGUGGCCCUGCUGACGAGGGACAAAUCCCGCACGUUUAACCUCUUGCAGACGCUGGAGCCUCUGUCGACGAAGGCGAGGCGAAGGAUAUCACUCCCUGCCAUGGUGGUGGAAAACCGCGACGAGGCCACGCUGGAGGCUAUCGCGCGAGCCCUCCCCCCGAGCACCAUCGCAUCGGCUCGCCACUCCACAAGCCGGUCGCAGCUCGGUCAAGCUUCCCCUCCCGCUUUCAGCCCCGCUGGAGCGACGACGCCAGCGGGAGAGUCGAAAGCGGCCCAGCUCUCGACGAAUAUCGAGCCGGACCUACCUGGCCACGAAACCGCCGGGCUCUUCGGGAGGCUCGGGAAGUGGGGCGAAGACUUGGGGCCCGCCGCAGCAGGCGACGAGGACUGCAGGGGUGGUGGCGUUGCGCUGGGCUCCGUGCACGGCGGCGGUGCGGUCAUGGAUGACGGCAAUGGUCAAGGUGGUAGGGAAGGUGACGGCGACAGUAGCGAAGUAGCAGGGGCGGGCGAGGGGGCCGACGCGGCGGAAACGCACGAUACCGCCUCCUGGGACUUGGUUGGUGCCCCUCCGUCGCUCUCCGGGACUGUUACUCCGCUCCCGUCUCCUACCGUUAGAGGCAGAAACGUCGUCGAGACUCCCCCUUCCGUGCUCGUGCGAAGCGGCGUCGACGUGGGUGAUGGUGGUGGUGGCCACGAAGGGACGGUGGUGGUGUUCCAGCUGCUGGUGCAGCGGUGGGAGUUGAGGCCGUGGGUUGUGGUUCCUCGCACGCUCGUCGCCACAAAGGAGAAGGUGGUGGUUGAUCUGAAAGGGGAGCGUGCCUUCGACCCGCGCCGGCAGUGGCGACUGCAGUGUCGGACACGUGGAAGCGCAGAGGGAGUCGCUUCCGCAGUGCUGCGUCUUUCGCGAGAGAGAGUCCAGCAGCAGCGGCAAUCCUCUUCCUGGUGGAAGCUGUGAACGCCAGGCACCCAUGGCUAUUGUUCUUGGUACCUGUUGCCGCACCGUGUUGUGGGACAUACGCUACGGAAAUAUUCGUAAGUCAGCGAGACUUGAAGGAAGCCGAUGGGGAGCGCUCAAUUGUGGCAGGGGGAGCCCAAUGGACAGGCCACUCAGCGGCGACGAGCGCUGUCACUUGACAUGGAACGAAUUUCGUUCGUUGGGCGAGUAUGCCUGUCCCCCCCCGCUUUGCGCAUGGCUGGGAUUUGUCACGUCGGGUUCAUUCUGAUGUUUGUGUUUCAGCGUUUGAAUCUUCGUCGAUCACGGCGAUGUGAGUGAGACGGAGGAUUGUUGUGAGCCAUCUUGAGUGGGAUUUCCCUUCCGGCAAGAGGUCCUUGACCGUGGCGGAAUUCAUCGCAAGGUUCGAUUGGAAAUUGUUUACAGUGUAUUUUGGUUGAGGUAAUCCCUAGGUGUCGUGGUUUUUGCUUGUGGCACGAAACGUCGCUAGCCUUGUAGAGUAUAUUUGAACGUGUGUAGAGUACCAGAGACGAUUUUGUUGUGACAGUCAUGAGAGGAGGCCGCAGCGAUGUAGAUAGACGCAGGUCGCAUGUUCCUUCCACGCGAAGUUUUAUUUGUUUUCGGGAAAGCCUUGACCGGAAAACGUUCGCUCGGCUAGUGUGUUCUCGUUUUGGUGACGUUUUGCGAAUCAUCCUGACCUC